AUGGGAAAGUGCCUUCCUACUCAGUUCUCUCCUGCCUGCCACGAAGAGCAACAGAAUGUUCAUUUUUCCCCCCAGAGCUGGUUUCUGUCUCCAGAAUUCUCCCUUCUGCCGCCCACUUUUAGUCAAAACCUUCCCUCUGUCACAUUAGUUAUUUCAUUAGUGUGUGUUGAAUCUGGAGGGAGGAUCAAGGCGACAGGGGAGGGUGGCGUGAUGCGAAGCCCACCAGCAGGAACGUUGGGUUGGCUCAGCUGUCACAUGUCUGUGCCACAUGCUCACCUUGCCAUGUCCUCCCGCUCUCCAUUCUCAUAA